CUGUUUCCUAGAGAGAGAGAGAGAGAGAGAGAGAGAGAGAGAGAAGGAGACAGAGUGGGUACUUUUUCUCGCACACCAAGCAACACAAAUCUGAAGCAGCAGACAGUGUAGCUUGAAAUAUAGCGAGAGCGUGGGUGUGUGAGCAAAUCGAUCUCUUGGUAACGGCUACUUGUGAUCGUACAGAGGUAGAAGCCUGUGAAUUUUUGUUUGGUGGCUACUGAUACUGGAAUGGAUUACAACAAUGACAGUGAGUCAUGGGACUGGCACAGAAAAGAUUAUUGUCUACAAAAGGAUCCCGAUUCCGCAGACAUAUCUGAAUGCCUAUGGAAUGGAGUGCCACAGAACAAAGAGGAUCUUUCAUACAUGUUCGAUGAAACAACUCCUGUCAAGGCUUGUGGGGAUUUGGCUUACCAUGUUGCUCAUAGUGGGAAUAUGGACAAGGAACCAGAAGAAUGUAGAGAGACUUCUUUACAAGUAAAGCGGCGCCGGAUGCUACAGUUCAACAGUCAAGCUACGGAUCCUUCCCAUUCAAGUGAAGAGAGGUCAACUGCAUUUCUAAAAUCAAAUGAGAGGGAGGAUUCACUCGAAGAGUUUUUCCCUGAAUCAUCAUAUUGGAUUUCUGGGCCUUCAGGAAAUGCAUCUGCCUUGACUAAUGAGAGCCUGGAUCAGUCAUCUGAAGAGUGGCUUGCAGAAUGCUUUAAUGAUACUGAGAUGAAUUUCAACACUGAAGAUGUGAAUUUAUCUGGAGCAUCUGAUAUUCAGUUCGACAUUGCAGAGUUGUGUGACUUUCCACCCAAGUAUGAAGAUAAUGUGGUCCAACAGCGUGUUACUCGUACUCCUCAAAAAAUUGUUUUUAAAGGUAGGAAUUCUUUCAUACGAACUCCAACUAAGUUGGCUGCUUCUGUUGCCUAUCCAUUCGCUUUCAUUAAACCAAGUGGGGCUCACGGAGAUGUAACUUUGAAAGAAAUAAACCAGAGGAUUCGCACACCACCUCCUUCAAAAUCGAAGCAAGGUAUUGAAGAUCCUGUCAUUUCUUACCCCACUUCGGCCUUCUCUGGGAAGCCUGUAGUUGGAAAAACAAAAAUUCGCACUGAAGGAGGAAAAGGAAGCAUCACAAUUAUGAGAACCAAAGGUUGAAUGAGUAGAUGACUGCUCUUUGGAACUCAUCACUGUUUUGGCCCUUCUCUCCCCAUUAUUCCCUGGGGUUGAGUUUUUUUAAUAUUGGAGGGGUCAUAAGUAUAGUAGUUGAUACUUUGUUUUUUCAUUGGACUGGUUCUUGUAAUUCAUAAAUUAUCUCAUCAAAGUACUUGAUGUUUAUAAGUUAUGUUGUAGGUGUCAAGUUCCUGAUACAUGACUUUGAGCUUAAAUUGUAAUUAGAAUCUUGAUAUCUAUUAGAUCCUCCUGUUAAUGCUUUAGAAAAACCAUGUU